UUUCUCUCUCUCGUCUCUGAUGAAGGUAGGAGAGAAGGAGCAGGAAUAUCUUCAAGCUUCUAGCAGUGUGCUCUUUGCCUGGAAGGUCUAUAACCUUGUGAGAGAAAUCGGGCAUCCUGUUAUUAGGAGGAGAAACAGGGGGAUAGACCGGGGAGAAGACGAAGGAGGAGGGGAGAGACAGUGAGAGGGAGAGCAGUUGUUUACUGUUGGCAAGAGGCAUUGGUUGAAAUCCCAGGAGAAGACAGCAGCUGUGACUUUGGAUGGCAAUAAUGACAGACCGUUGUUUAACCCCUCGUUGUUGGAUGGUGACCGAUUCACAAGUUAUACAUCUGGGUUAUGUGGAAUAGCCGGGAGGUGAAAACUGAGAGACACAAGAACAUUGGCUGUCAGUGCAUAGCGCUGGAGGCUGCAGGGUGGCAGUGUGUUGUGGGGAGUUCCUGAGAUCGCAGAAGAGACAGAGGGGGACUGGCACUCACUCACGUAGAGGCACACACACAUCCUCUCUGCGUAGCGGCGGGUGCGGCUGUGUUGCCAGCUAGUGUCUCAGGGAUUGUGCGUGCGUUGGUACAAGAACAGUAGGAUGGUGGUGGUGUGGUUGCCGUGGGGAUGGGCCUGGAGGACUGUACUGCUGGUGACUGGACUGGCUUCACUGAGCCCCGGGACUGACGCCAAUGUGUUGGAUACCAUGCUGCUUCUGAGGAACCCUGGAAGAGACAGGUCAGACAGUAGGAAGGAGGGUGGAAGUACUGCCCCGGCUCCAGCACAGAGGAUACUCUGGUGUCACUGUUACCAUCACUGUCCUGAAGACUCUACCAACAACACCUGCAGGACUGAUGGUUGUUGCUUCACCAUGGUGGAGGAAGAAGAGGGGAGUCUCCCUGUGCUCUCCUCUGGAUGUCUGGGGCUGAUGGGCUUGGAGUUCCAGUGCAGGGACAAUGGGAGUCCCCAUCGGAGGAGGGCUGUGGAGUGCUGUACAGACCAGGACUUCUGCAAUACAGACCUGCAUCCUACUUUACCACCACUGAUGUCCCCUGAUUACGUGGACAGCAGUAUCCACCCCAUGGCUCUCUUCAUCUCUGUCACAGUGUGCUGCAUCAUCCUGGUACUCGUCAUCGUCUUCUGUUACUUCAGGUAUAAGCGCCAGGAGUCGCGUUCUCGCUACAGUAUUGGUCUGGAGCAGGAUGAGACUUAUAUCCCUCCUGGAGAAUCUCUGAAGGACCUGAUAGAACAGUCCCAGAGCUCUGGCUCAGGAUCAGGACUCCCACUGCUGGUGCAGCGCACCAUAGCCAAGCAGAUUCAGAUGGUGAAGCAGAUAGGUAAGGGCCGCUAUGGGGAGGUGUGGAUGGGUCGCUGGAGAGGAGAGAGAGUGGCUGUCAAAGUGUUCUUCACCACCGAGGAGGCCAGCUGGUUCAGAGAGACCGAGAUCUACCAAACUGUCCUCAUGAGACACGAGAACAUACUGGGCUUCAUAGCGGCGGACAUAAAGGGCACAGGGUCGUGGACCCAGCUCUACCUGAUCACAGACUACCAUGAGAGUGGAUCUCUGUAUGACUACCUCAAGUCCACCACCCUGGACAUCAAGGCCAUGCUGCGGCUGGCCUACUCCUCAGUGUCAGGCCUCUGCCACCUCCACACAGAGAUCUUUGGCACCCAGGGUAAACCAGCCAUCGCCCACAGAGACCUGAAGAGCAAGAACAUCCUGGUGAAGAGGAAUGGGGCCUGCUGCAUCGCUGACCUGGGCCUGGCUGUCAAAUUCAUCAGUGACACCAAUGAGGUGGACAUCCCUCCCAACACAAGGGUGGGCACUAAGCGCUACAUGCCCCCAGAGGUCCUAGACGAGAAUCUGAACCGGAACCACUUCCAGUCCUACAUCAUGGCCGACAUGUACAGCUUCGGCCUAAUCCUCUGGGAGAUCGCCCGGCGCUGCGUCUCUGGAGGCAUCGUAGAGGAGUACCAGCUGCCCUACCAUGACCUGGUGUCCUCUGACCCCUCCUAUGAGGACAUGAGGGAGGUUGUGUGCAUCAAGAGACAGAGGCCCUCCUUCGCCAACCGCUGGAGCAGUGAUGAGUGUCUCAGACAGAUGGGGAAGCUGAUGACGGAGUGCUGGGCCCACAACCCAGCGUCUCGCCUCACAGCUCUCAGAGUGAAGAAGACCCUGGCCAAGAUGUCUGAGACUCAGGAUAUCAAACAGUGACACGCUGCUGCUGCCACCUAGAGACACUCAACACCUAGAUACAUGUCCAUGGCCUAGUGCCACUAUGCCAGGACCAUAGGAGGAGGGCAAGGCGAGUGGGAGAGAGAAAGAGAGGGAGAGAUGUUUUCCCAUGGUCAGGGUCUGUUCUCUUUUUGCCCAUGCCACUGCCACCCCUGGGAUAGAGAGAGUCCCAGUGGGCAGGGUCUGGUCUGGUCUGGGCUGGUCUGGUGUUGCUUUCUGUGAAAGCUGAUUGGCUUUCUAAAUGAGGGGGGAACACAAGGACAGACAGUGCCCUCUGCAGGAGAGGAGGAGUCACUCCCUCCCUCACAGUGGAGGGGGGUUCCUGCUCUGUCCAUCUAAAGCCAUAUAACAGUAUUGUUUGUUUUGUGGUAACACUUUAUUUGAACUAGCCACCAUAAAUCCCCUUCAAACCAAUGUCAGAAUGUUCAUGAAGCUUUGACAUGUUUACAACAUUGUUAUGUAGGGUUAUGAGGCUAGUUCAAAUAAAGUGUUGCCGUUUUUGCCCAUUGUGCUUUAGCAACUGGACCUAUUUAUUUGUAUUUUUUUACAACUGUAGAGAAAUCUCUACAUACUGUUGGAAGUGAAGUAUAUCUCUCUUGCAGCGUUACUGCCUUAGAAACCCAGGCAUUUGUUUAUUCUAUUCAUACAGGAAAACACACAGCUUCAACAUUGAGCUACAUUUGGGCCCUUUGGCGAUCCAAGGGAGCCAUUCUUAGUCCCCUGAUAUGUCUCUGUAUCAACGACUAACUAUAGGACAAGAUUAUGAUACAUCUGAUGGUUAAUAAGCUCGGGAGUGAUGUUACUCUGGCUAAAUGAUGGUUAAUACGCUUGGGAGUGAUGUUACUCAGGCUAGCUGAGUCAUGCCAAUAAUAUGGUAUCCCCCAUGAUUGCCUUGCUACUGUAAUAUAACAAAAAAAACCUCCCCUCACAGAAUUGAAUUGUAAAUAAUAAUGUUGAAAUGUAUUGAUACUGAUGGACUUAAUAAUAAUGUUAAAUAUGUGUUUUGGUUGUUUGCCUUUGACUUGUGUACAGAAUAACUCCCCGGCCGACCACUCCACCACUAUGGCGUAUGCCUUAUUUAAUCUGUACAUAUGUGUAUAAGAGAGUGUGUGGACCAGGAGAACAUUCCCUAAUAAAAUGCUGUCAAUGUCCA